AUGACAGAGAAUGACCCAGAAAGAAGGUCUCAGGCCCAUCUGCAGAUGGCCAUGAUGAGUCAAGUUGGCUACGGAGUUACGCCAGAUAGCUUGGAAGCUCUGAGUCAUCUCCAGGAAGCAGCCAAAAGCAACAAGGUCGCCCAGGCUAUCUUAAAUCCUGUUAGGGCCGCCUUAAAGCCUGAUCAGAUGGAUACAGAUGUCCCAACAUCUCCUAUCAUUUACAGAAACCUCGACGUCUUUCAUGACGGUGUUGCUUGGAGAGAGGCUGGCAGUAAAGAAGCAGACCAAUUCAUCAAUCUUGGUCCCAUCAGCGUGGAAUCAUUCAAGAAAUUAGAGAUUCUAGUCAAGAAGGGCCGGUUUCAAUCUAAGGAGCUAUGUGAAGCUCUCACAGCUGCUUGCAGAGACGGAAAUCUCGACGCCGCGAUCCUACUUGCGCGACAAUGCGACGACCUUUCUCAUAUGGACUCAAAUAUGCCGAAUGCUUUGCACUGGUUGGUUCUCUUCAGUCAAGCUGAAGCUCUGAGUCUACUUGAGAUCAUGGUCUCUGGUCCAGAACAGACAAUUAAGGAGGAUCGUAUGAAAGUGAUACGAUCUCUACUUGCUGCUGAGCAUGGGCAAUUAAAUGUUCUACUUCCCCACAGAUGUAUGGAACUACGAGGGAAUCCACUCCACUGGGCGGUCAUCGCAGGGUACACAAAGCUUGCUGCAGAAUAUCUAAACCUGGGAGCUGAUGUCAAUAAAAGGAACGAGUGGCGGAAAACAAGUCACGAGGACGGCUACACAGAACAUAUUCCAAGCUUAAGCCCGCUUGAUCUCGCUGUGGCAGGUCACUACCCCGACAUGGUAAAGCUUCUUAUCGGCCAUGGCAGUGAGACUUAUGGGGGAGAUUGGCAUUGGACGCAUUCUCCGUUCCACAUGAUUGGAUGCAAUAUGAUUCCUUUCGGACGGUAUGUGGCUCACGGUCAGUCUUAUCGGGCUGCUCUGCGGGAAACAAUCCAGAUCCUGUUGCAAGCAGGACUAGAUAUCAAUGGCUUGGACAAUCUCAAACAAACACCACUAUUCUCGGCGGUCAAGAACAUGGAUCUGGAGGAAUACGUUCUUGAAGAACUAAUUCUAGCGGGAGCCUUGCCUGGAGAAGAAUGCGAAAAAAAUCAUGGCAAUGCGGUCGUCUGGGCUAUCAUAGACAGUGCUCACCGUCGCCUAUCGUGGAGGAAGAUACCAAUUCUUCUGCCAUUGGUCUCCGAUAUCAACGCGUGCACAGCUGGCGAUAGUGGCCUAAAUGCACUGCACUACUGCGCUGUUUUUGAUGCCGUACCUAUAGCCCAAAUUCUGCUCCAGUUACCAGCGAUUGAUGUGGAGGCAGAAAGCACUUUGGGAGCCACUGCUAUGCACUUCGCGACUCAGAGAGGGUCACUGGGUGUUCUAGAUCUGUUGAUCAAGAGGGGCGCCAACCUUCACCGGCGAGAACCUUUUGAGGCAGCGAUCUCAGGUGGACAAAUCGACGCCCUCCGGAUGCUACUUGACGCCGGGUCAAAGGCAUGGUGGAAAAGUCGAUCCGGACAGUCUAGGAACAUCCUUGGAUACGCAUUACGCGCCGAGGAAGUCAUCAACAAGGGUGACGAUAAUGGAUGGACGGCCCUUCACUACUGUGCAUACUAUGGAGACCUAGAUGGUGCCCAGGCACUCAUAGACUACGAUGCAGACGUCGAUACGGUUAAUGCGAUGGGUCAUACACCUCUCCAACUUGCAGUCAAAACCUACGAGGAGUUGACAGUAUACCUGAACGGGGUACCGCACUUCACAGACCAUCCACGUAUAUUUAAAGACAUAGAUGGCCUUGAAAGAUGGAGUCAUGACUACGUUGAGAAGGCACAACGUAUCGAGACUGUUUUCAAGGAUUCCUUGUUUGAAGUAAUCAGACUGCUUCAGCAAGCUGAACGAGAGAAGCACCCCGGUAAAGAAGUGAAGGAGGUGAGCCGAGGUCUAGGAAAGGUUCAGACAGAGGUGAUAACGACGCAGAAGGAGGUUAGAAACCACUACCGUUCUUUAGCAUUUACAAAGGCGCGACUGGAAGGCUACCCUGAGAGCUGA